ACACACCCGCCUUUUUAGUAACCUCUUCUUUGUCAUGUCAUCUGACUUGCUCUCUCUCUCUUUCCUUUUCUGUUUUCAGCUCAUUGCCAUUUAAUUCUCCCUCAAUCUCUAGAUUUAGCUUCGGUUCUUAACUAAAGACCAAAUCUUUAUGAUGAUUCAAUGAGAAAGACUUUGGCUUUUUCCUUUGUUUCUCGUUGUUUUAAUCUCAAAUGAAAUGAAGAUGAUGGCUACUUUUCGCUCUUCAUUCUUCGUUUUUGUUGUCGUUUUUUUGCCUUCUUUGAGCUCUGUUUCAGCCGAUGGCCGCCGUGAUGACUCUGUCAAGUCCAUUCUAGGAGAACAUAAUUUGGGAGCCUGGAAGAAUGAGAUUUAUGCUUCUGCAGAAGCUCCAGCGCCAGCUCCGGUAGAGUCUCUAGUGUUGGCAGCGAACAGGACUAAGAGGCCGGAUAUCCUUAAUCGGUUCAGGCGGUAUCAAGGCGGCUGGGAUAUCACCAAUAAGCAUUACUGGGCUUCUGUUGGAUUUUCGGGUGUAGUCGGGUUUAUUCUGGCGGUCUUGUGGUUUCUUUCAUUCGGUGUGGCUCUUGUGGUACAUCAUUGUUGUGGAUGGAAAAUAACUAUGGAAGGCAAAGGAUCAGCUCGUUCACAAAAGAUUUGUUUGAUCUUGCUCACAGUGUUCACUUGUGCUGCAGCGAUUGGAUGCAUUCUUCUCUCAGUUGGGCAGGAUGAAUUUCAUGGUGAGGCUUUGCGAACUUUAAAGUACGUUGUGAACCAAUCAGACUACACUGUGGAAACCCUUAGAAAUGUUACAGAGUAUCUCUCCCUAGCAAAGACUAUUAAAGUGGCCCAGAUUUUUCUUCCUUCUAAUGUCAUGGCUGACAUUGACAAGUUAAAUGGGGAUUUAAGCACUGCAGCAAACACUCUGGAGGAGAAGACCAGUGAAAAUUCUGCUAAAAUAAAAAAAGUCUUCAAUGCUGUGCGAUCUGCGCUGAUCACUGUGGCAGCAUUGAUGCUUCUCCUGUCCCUCAUUGGUCUUUUGCUCUCUAUCCUUGGGCACCGGCAUGCAAUCCAUAUAUUCAUCGUGAGUGGAUGGUUACUGGUGGCAAUUACAUUCAUUCUAUGUGGAGUAUUCGUAAUACUUGACAAUGCAGUGUCAGACACAUGUAUGGCCAUGGAUGAAUGGGUAGAUCAUCCUCAUGCAGAAACCGCUCUUAGCGACAUUCUUCCGUGCGUUGACCAGAAAACAACUAACCAAACUCUCGUUAAGAGUAAACAAGUCAUCACCAACAUUGUCAAUGUCGUCAAUCAAUUUAUAUAUUCUGUUGCUGAUACGUAUCCAUCUCCCGAUUACCAGUUUUAUUACAAUCAGUCUGGACCUAUGAUGCCUGCACUAUGUUACCCAUAUGACGCUCAGCUACAAGACCGUCAGUGUGGGCCUCAAGAAGUCUCUGUAGCAAAUUCUUCCGAGGUUUGGCAGAACUACACCUGCAAAGUUGAUGAUUCUGGGAUGUGCAGGACCCCUGGACGGGUGACACCGUACUUCUACCAGGAGUUGGCAUCAGCAGUGCAAGAAAUCUAUGCUCUUCAGCAUUACACCCCACCUUUACUCAGUCUUCAGGAUUGCAAUUUCGUCCGGAACACGUUUCAAAACAUCACCUCAAACCACUGCCCGCCAUUGGUGCAUUAUCUCAAAAUCGUAAAUGCAGGACUGGGUUUGAUCUCGGCCGGAGUCUUGCUCUGCCUCGUUCUUUGGGCACUCUAUGCAAACCGCCCCCGAAGGGAGGAAGAGUUUGUGAAACUGUCCUUGCCAAUAAAAUGCAUAAGUAGGAUUCAGAAGAAAAAUGUUAGCGAAAAUGGCAAUAAUCAUGGGUCAACCCCAAUGCCAUCGCCGACGCCAAACACUUCAACUGAUGCCUAGGUAUCGUAGUAUACAAUUCAGUAUAUAUAUAGAAAGAAGACGUUAUGAAUCCUGAGUUUUGCUAUCACCGACCAAAAUGGGGCGAAGCACCAUCUUGAGUUGGAGGCAUAUUACAGCCAUUUCUAGUGUACUCUGUUACUAUAGUGAAGUAAAAGUAAUUAGUUGGAUAAGCA